AUGCGAGAACUCAAAGCCGCCGCGGCAGUCGCAAUCGUGGCCUCCGCUGUGUACCUGUGGGACUUCUUCCUCUCCGCCGACUCGCACGCUUCCCUCGGUGUAGCUCGUGACACGAACGCAUACGUCACGCUAAAGCAACUGUUGGCGGAGAACGUGCCGGGGGAUAAGAUGGGGGGCCCCGGGGCUGGAGACGCCAGCAGCGGUGAUGGGCCCGACACGCAGAAGGGGAGGGAUGCCGGGGAUGACUACGCGGUGUCGGUGGGCAAGGCCCUGCUGGACAUGCAGCGCCACGUGCUCCGUAAGAUCUGCGCGAGCGUCUACCCAGACUUCCAAGCGAGCUCAUCCCACGAGCAUCUAUGCGCGGAGCUCACCACUGGCACCCGUUCCCCAGCACGGCUCCCACCCGGCCCUCCAGACCAGCUUGACUUCGACCCUGCACCUUCGCAGCAGCAGCGAGACUCGAUCGGAGGCGGGGCUCCUCUCCCGCCCCCGCCACAGGGCCCGACCUCCGCUGCCCGCAGAGGCACGUCUGCGGCCGUGUCGCCGCCUCGACAGGUUCGAGCGCCUCCCCCGCUGCGGCAGAAGAUGCUCCUGCAGCAGCAGCAGCAGCAGCAGGUCGGGGGCAGCGAGGUUGGUGCCGGCGACAAGGCUACUUCGGCUAGCCCCUUUGCCUUCUUGGGGGGCGGGACACCGCCCAGCGACGGGGAGAGGAAAGCCGUUACAGCGGGCAACAGCCACGCACGUCGGAGCUCCGCCCCGGGGGUAAGCCCAACCGGCGUUGCCAGCAGGGGUGCUGGAAUCGGCGGGAAGAGUGGACCGGGCAGAGUUGACCCGUUCCCGCCGGAGGAAGACGCGCCCCGGGUGUCCGACCGGGCGGGGAGGGUACAGGGUGUGUCCGGGCCGCAGUUUGAACCCCUUUGGAGGGCUAGCCGGGGAUGGGUGCUGGAGAAGGUCAUGAGGAGGGUGGAGCUACCUCCGCACGUGUCGAGGCACAGACCUCCGUGGGACAAGGCCUGUCAGCAGGGGCGAAGGGGGGAGAAGGGUGCGGUCGGGACGGGAAGGUCUUCGAGCGGCACAGCCCCUCCCGACCUGCGCCAGCACCUGUCUCUCCCUCGCACGGCGCGAAGGUUAGGCCGUCGGCCCAGCCACUCGUCAGGCUCUCUCGUCCCGGGAGAGCCCCCCAAAGAAGCAGAUUCUUCCGCAGGCGUUGGCGGUAGCACGCACGCAGGCGGCGGCGGCGGCGUAGCCGGCGACUUGGAUGUAGCAUCUCCCCCUGAUGUUCUGGGAAGUCGCUCGGGAUUCGGUGUACAAGAAACCCAGGGGAUAGAGCCAGGACCUACAGGGGCGAGAGAAGACGGUGGUAGUGGGGUUGUCGGGGAAGGAAUCAGGGGCUGUGCAGAAUGGGCAGUUUCCUUCUCGGGGUCCCUGCAGCAAGGAAUCACGACGGUACAGACGGAACACGCGGUGUGCGUCGCCCCCCGCAACCUCGGUCUGGACGUUCCGCCGGAAGGCCUGGAGGCGUUUUAUUCCCCCUGUCUGCCGGCCAGCGGAGAGGCCCCUCGUGCGUGCCCCCCUCUAGGCGGCGGGAAAUCAUCGGGGGUCGGGAAGGGUGGCCGUGGAAGCGGCAGCAGUCGGGGGCGCUGCUUUGGACCGGGCGUGCCGCCUCCUCCUCCUCGACUGUUCACGUUCGCCGCCCCCGGGCGUAGCGGGGCCGGCACCUUCUACGGCGCAUGCCUCUCGGUGUUCCGACCCGUGUCGCAGUGGAUAGGGGGCGAGCCUGCUGCCGAUGUUGCUGCACGCGGAAUCAACCGCAGCAGCUCGAAUUCACCUCCGCCGUGUCUGACAACAACAGCGGCAACGGGGAUAGCAACAACCACGACUGCACUAGAUACACAAAGACCGCUCGAGGAGGAAGAAAGCAAGGCUCGGAUCGACGGCAUCAUGGGUGGUGCAUCUAGCCGUACAGAGACGGCCUCGCACGUAGACGAUGGGGCUGCAACUGCUGCUGCCGUUGGAGAAGAGCGUGCUCCUUCUCGGUUGGCAGGCGUAGGACAUGUUUCAGGCGUGUUGGACGGGGAGGUGCAGACUGUGGACGACCGAGCACGGGGCAAUAUGGGGGACAACAUGGCGCCAGCUGAGGAAGUGGCGAUAGAGAAAGAGGACCUGGGGCAGCUGAGUGCUGAUGGUGGCGUCAGCUCGACAGCGGAGAGGGAGACCGACUCCGGUGUCGUCGAAGAUGCGGUGCUCGACGACGCGACCGAGGGAAGAGAGGCCACCGCCAUCGAUGCUACCGCUACGGCGCAGAAGAAGAAAGAGGCUGCGAACACGCCCACCUUGGACAAGACCCCGUCCAUGCUCGAGAUGCUAAAGCUGAAGAAGGGCAUGGGGAUCUUCGGAAAGUCGUCGUUGGUGGGCCAGAAUAAGGUGUCCCCGAGCCCUACUUCAACAGCGCCCAUGUCUAGCCUACCGCCCUCCGUUGCCACAACGGAAGUGGCGCCGGAGUCAGACACGGAGGAGUUGCGAGUAGAGGUCGACGGACAGGGGGCGGACGAAGCACCCGGUGGGCUUGAGGGCAGUGGCGGUACGGGCGCGGCAGCCAAGACAAAGGCGACGGCAGCGGCGGCGGCUUCGCCAUCCAUGAUGGACCUCUCGUCGAGGUUUAGGCUGGGCAUGGGCAUGUUCGGAAGCGGCAAGGCUUCACCGCGGGUGGUGACGGGGUCGGGGUUCAGCCCGAAGUUGGGCACACAAGCCGCCGCCGCCACCGCCGCCGCUGCUGUUUCCACUACUUCCCCGGCUGCGGGUGGUGCGCCUGUGGAAGCGUCGCCAACGCCGUCCUCGUCUUCUGGCGGGGUGGGAAAGUUUUCGAGCUACGCCCGUCGCGCUGGGAAUUUCUUAGGCUCCGAUUCCAGAGGCGUCGGCCGUUCCCCGCGGCCCCCCCAGCCGCCGCCGUCUCCCGACGUGCUGCCCAACGGACCACCACCGCCGUCACCUCUAGUCCCGGUCUACCUCUCCUCCCCACCGCCAGAAGCCGAGGACGCAGUCCUCAGACACAGCGAGGCAACUGCUGUGGCGGCGGCGGCCGGGGCCAUGGACGUCGCUACGGACGGUGCUUCUCGACAGCUCUCAGACUCAGCCGCGAGCCAAGGGGGUGGAAGGAACAAGCACAAGCGUUCGCUCUCGGACGUGCCGCCAGCCGACGCGGCUUCGGCAGCAGCGGCGGCGGUGGUCGUGGACGCCAACGAAUUGGCUUCGGCUGCUUCGGCUGCUUCGUCGGGAGUGGGUGACGCCUCCAAGGGAAGGUCAAUGAGCGCCGCGUCGAGCGGAGUCGGCAGCAGCAGCAGCAGCAGUGGCUCAGGGUCCGGGACGCGGAGACAAGGCGAGUCUGCCGACGGCAGCGGAGGCAAUGGCCGUCAGAAGCACACGUUUUUCGUGGCCAGUGGAGUGUGCCUCCUUUCCACUCGCCCCGAGAUAGGGGCGAUGCGGCGGGCGCUGGCGGCGUACUGGGCGGCCCACGGGGACGAAAUAUUAGCCAGAGGGUCCGCGACAGAGGGCGGUGCUGCUGCCGCCCACGCGGGGGGAGAAGGACCGGCUUUGGCUGCUCGCGAAUCGGGAGGCGGCGGCGGCAGCAACGACCACGAUCGCGGUGGCAGUGAUGGCGAGGUGGCAGAGGCACCUUCCGAAGGUUCCGGUGAGGUGGAAGACGAAGAAGAGCAGGAAGAGAAGAAGCACGUGGGGGCAUGGACGGAGAUGGACCCCAGCACGCUCCGAGACGUGUUGGUGCCGUUUGUGACGCAAGAACGGCGGGAUGAGAAAUACAAAGAGGGCCAAGCCCAUCGGUACGACAAGGAACGCCGGCGGUCGGCGGGCGCUUCGCAGGACCGGACGAGUGCGGCGGAUGUCUUGACGAAGUCCUUUUCCGCUGGAAGCCUUAGGCAUCCCGGCCAAUCCAGUGGGGCGACACACGGGCAAGGGGACCGAGCAGAACCAGGGGAGACGACUGAGGGUGGAGUCGAUAUGUCGGCGGUGGCGCACGAAGAUGGGUCGGGUUUCGGACUGGACUUCGACCCUUCCGUGGUUUUCCGGUGCCUGAGCCCGCGGAAUCUCUGCCUGGUGAUGUUGGCCCUGUUGUGCGAGAGAAAGGUGGUGUUGGUGUCCUCGCGACUGUCCCUUCUCACCCAGGCGGGAGAGGUGUUCAGGUCGCUGUUGCAGCCCUUGUCCUGGAGCCAUGUGUACGUCCCUCUUCUGCCUCGAAAGAUGGCGGCGGAUCUUCUGCAAUGCCCCACUCCUUUCAUUCUUGGCCUGGAGUCGGUGACGGCCAGAGAGCUGGAGCUGCCUAGAGACGCGAUACAGGUUCAUCUCGACACAGACUACCUCUGCGUGCCAAAGGACUUCUUGGGGCUGGCGCCGAUGUGGGUCGUUUGCUCGCGCAUCAGCUCCGUCUUAAACCCCGGGGUGGACGACCUGGACUGCCCUUCGAGUGGAGGUGCUGGUGCUGAUGCUGGCGGUGUCUGGGCUGCGGGAACGGCCCGCUCAAUCCGGUUUCUGUUCCGAGAGUUCAUCUCGGAGCUCCUGCAGGGAGCCACGGAAAGCACAUUCCGGGUCGGCCAAGGCUCCACCGCCACGAUACUGCUCGAUGAGCACCUCUACAAGCGCGCUAAGGCUUCCGCUGCCAAGACUGCGGAGCUCUUUUACGAUGACCAGAGGCGUUCGUCGGGCCGGGGGGGGGCGGGGCAUGGCCUACACGAACAGCAGUACCCGGGUCCGCUGUACAAUCGGCACUGCGGGUUGCUGUUGGACCAGUUCGUGAAAACACAAAUGCUCUCUCACUUUCUAUCUGAAGGGGGCUCGGAGUGAGUGAUAUUUGGUUCUGCUGUCUCCGUGAUUGUUUCCGUUGUUGUUGUUGUUGCUGAUGCCGCUUCAUGAUUGUUAUGGUUGUAUUUUGUCGUUGUUGCUGAUGCCGAUGCGAUGUCGUGUCCAAAAGAGGUCGCGCUUGUUGGUAGUUGCGGCGCUGGGAAGCGAGCGCUCGAAGACGUAGUGUUGUUUGACCAAGUGCGGAUUUAACUGUGUUGGGGUGGAGUUCCAUGUCGUUGAUUGUUUUGUUUUUUCUCGUACAAAUUUUCUCGAUGCUGUUGUAUUUGGAGUUGAGGUGUCUGUUAUUUUUGUGGUUUGACAUAGUUCCAUUUCGUUGUUGUUUAAGGCACACAGUUUUGGCUUUUAUUUGUGUGGGAUUUGCUGCUUUGAGUUCACCGAUUGAAGCCGAUACAUACACCAAUGCAUGAUGACGUCAUGUUUCGUGUAUCCUGCUAGAUGGUUGCUUUUCACUCCUUCUAUCACUGUCGAACACAAGCACAAGCACGAGGUGUGGGAGUGGUGGGGGUCUUGGCAUUAUAGUGAAACGCCAUUGAUUUAUUUCGCAGGUUUUUUCGUCGGGGACUGCUGUAGUGUAGUGCCUAUCCCCGGUGGUGAAGUGUGCUUCGUUUUUGUCGGCUGGUAAGGUCGGCACCUUGUGGCCUGUCGAAGGGAGGGUGUUUCAUAUCGAUGACGAUUCUCGAUCGUUUCCCCAACAGUCACUUUUCCUAUUCGAUGCUUUCGCCGCAGAGUAACCCUAACCCUACGUCAUCGAGCCCGCUUGCCCUGUGGCAACAACAGUGGCUGGCUGGUGGGAGAGUAACGUCAAGGCUUGGACAUUGUUGUUGACUGGAGUGCAGUAUCUCACCACAGAAGCCAAGUAGACCGUGAAGGGUGCCUUGUGCACCCAUUGUCCGUUAGAAUGAAAUUAAAUUGUUGUUUUCGUUUUUUCGUGUAUUCUGGAAUAAUAGUCGUUUGUGUAAGAAUAGUAAGCGUUGCGAAUUAGUUGCCAUGA